AUGGCUGCCGCCGUGAAAGUGCACGGGCCUCCACUCUCAACCGCCGUGUCAAGGGUUCUGGCCUGCCUUGUCGAAAAAGAUGUUCCUUUUCAAGUCCUUCCCGUCAACAUGGCCAAAGGCGAACACAAGAAGCCUGAAUACCUCAAGAUUCAGCCAUACUUUCUCCUGUGUGGUUGGUCGUAUUUAGACUCAUCAGUUUUUCUCUGUUGUCUUUGUGAUAAAACAGAAUCUAGAGCCAUAUUAAGAUACAUAUGCGACAAAUACGCCACACAAGGGAACAAAGGGCUAUACGGCACAAAUCCUUUGGAAAAAGCGUCCAUCGACCAGUGGUUAGAGGCCGAGGGGCAAAGCUUCAACCUGCCAAGCUCUGUGCUCGUUUUUCAACUUGCCUUUGCACCCAUGAUGAAAAUUAAGCAAGAUGAGGAUCUGAUCAAGCAAAAUGAAGCUAAACUCGUCAAUGUUCUUGACGUGUAUGAGAAAAGGCUUGGAGAGAGUAGGUUCUUGGCUGGUGACGAGUUCACGCUAGCCGAUCUUUCUCACCUGCCCAAUGCACAUUACUUGGUGAGUAAGACUGAUAGAAGGGAGCUUAUUACGUCAAGGAAAAAUGUCGAGAGGUGGUGGGGUGAGAUCUCAAGCCGAAUAUGCAUAUCAUACAAAGAUGCGACCGACAUUAAUGUCGGAGAAGUAACGAAUCAACUCAGAGAAAAGUUGUGGCGACAUCUAACUAGGAAAGUGACCUUUGGGGUCCACUCCCCACUGGGGUGGUUUGCUAGCGGUGAAUCACCAAGAACGCCGGUUAGCGAGGCACUCCACCAAAAAGGACGCCAGUUCGAUUCCCAAAAGAACUGGCCCAGGGUGGCAAAUCGGAAGAACAGUCUCGCCUACGGCUAG